AGGCAGAUAAUUGCUUUGAUGCUGUGUUGAGGAGUAUCUGACAUCUAUAACUGCACAAACAUUUUUACAAUGAAUGUAGAGCAGUGAGAAAAAAAGAAAGCAAGUGUGGUAGAAAUAGAGGGAUAUGUACUUGUAGUUAGUUUGCUUAAUUAAGCGAAGAAAUACCCAAUGGAUUACAACUGUGCUAUAAAUAGCUUGAAACAACUAUACAGACACAAGUUAGGCCAAUUAGUUUUAUGUUCACUUUGUACAUGAAUAUUUUUCUGAUCCCAAACAUUGACAAACAUUUUUGUAAAAUGUCUCUUUCAACCUCUCCUGUGUUUUCUAAUCACUAAAUAUUAUUGUGCAUCUUGUAAAAGAAAAAAAAGAAAAAGGAAACCAGAAACUUCAAGCAGUACUGAUCACACAUCUCUCUUUACACUUGGAAAGCAUUACAUGAACCCCAAGUCAUCUCUGUCAUGUGAAUCCACACUUGUUUCUAUCUGAUGAAGUCUUUUUUCACUGUCCAAUAGAAACCUGGAUUUUUCAGAAGAGACCGGAGGGAGGGGGAGAAGGGGGGGAAGUGUCCCAAAUGAAGCAGAUUACCACAGAUGCAUGAAUUAUGAUACUGUUGUUUGGAACUGAAAGACGACCAGAUUUCACAUUCUGGAGCUAAGUUUCAUGGAUUCAAAUUCCAACACUGUGGUUGUGACUGUAGAUUGGGUAUCACCGUAUUUCUUCUCUGUAAAUGGAGUGGAACAAGCAUGGAAGGUGCUAUAUUGUCUGUGUGGAGCAGAGGGAUGCUUUAUUGUGCCUCCCCAGCCCUGCACAUUAGGUAAGCUGCUAAACUCUUGCCAUAAAUUAUUAUUGGGAUGCAAUGCUUAGCAUGGUUUAAAAGAAAACUGAAUAUUUACAGAAAAAUCUAUUGCUAAAUUAAUGAAUAUAGUCAUAAUCACUGGCAUUCCUUCACAGUCAAGGAAGAUAGUCUUCCAUGGUUCCCUUAUCUGUGGGCCCAAAAAUGGCUGACAAGGCAACUCUGGGAUCAACAGGUUCUAUUGCAACUCGAGCACGUUUCCAUGCUGGGUGGGUGGGUCUAGAUCCUUUGCUCCGUCGGUGACGUGCUGCCUCCGCCACUCCCACCUUUUUAUGUCCUGUUGUCAUUGUGAAGUUUCAAAGUACUGAAAUCCUUGCAGCAGGCUCUUCCUCCAUUUAGGGAGGUCUUGGGUGACAGUCAUCCACAAGUUGAUGUCCAUGUUGCAUUUUUUUCAAGUUGGUCUUGUGGACAUCUUUGAAGCAUUUUCUCUGUCCUCCUUUUGAUUGUGUUCCUUGACUAAGCAGGUACAAUAAAACUUGCUUUGCAAGUCUGCAGUUGGACAUCUGGAUGACAUGGCUGACCCAGCAAAACUGAUGUCAGAUGAUCAUAGCCUUAAUGCUCUUGGGUGUUUGCUUGUGAGAGGACAUUAACGUUGGUGCAUCUGUCUUCCCAAUGGAUAUGAAGGAUCUUUUACAGACUGCAUUGAUGGUAGUUCCCCAGCACCUUGAGGUGUAUCCUGUAUGUUUGUCCAUGUCUCAGCUCUGUACAAUAAGGUUUUGGUCCCUUUCGACAAUACCUUGUUAACUCUAGCUGGGAAGCAGUGAAGGAGCUGUCCAAGAUGGGCCUCGGUAGUGACAUAGAUCUUCAAAUUGUGCAACUGCCAGUGUCCUACCAAAAAACAAAGGAGCUUGUGUGGAAGAUUUGGACGACUCUUCAACCACUACUUACUGUUCACAUUGGGCUUGCUUCCUCCUCCAAAGCAAUCAUCAUCCUUGAACAGUGUGGGAAGAACAAAGGCUACAAAGAAAAGGAUGUUUGUGGGUAUUGCCCACAAGAUGGCUGUUGUCUCUUAGAUGGCCCAGAGCGGAUUGACUCUACAAUUGAUAUGAAAACUCUCUGGAAAACUGUAGCUGUGGAAGGGAUUGACAUCCUCUUCUCCCGAGAUGCAGGAGGGUACAUCUGUGAUUAUACCUAUUACACCUCUCUGUAUUAUGGCAAUAGAAGAGCAGCUUUUAUCCACGUGCCUCCAUUAUCCAAGUCGGUAACAGCAGAUUUUCUAGGAAGAGUAUUACAAAUAAUUAUUUUAGAGAUGUUAAAGCAGUGUGGGAGAAACAGAGAACAAGGAGGAGGGUUUACAAGAAGACACUCAAGUUCUGCACAACAGUACCUCACCUGAGACAACCCUGAAGAGUUUAGUAAAAAAAAUGCAUACCAUUUUGGAGGAUAUAAAAGGUUGUAAAAUAAUCCUCUGUAGUGAUAUUUCAAGAUACAAUUACAAAAAAAGAAAAAACAUAUAAUUUUUAGAGGAAUGUAAAUGAUUGGUGCUUUAUUUAGCUAGUGGCCAUAAAUUAAAUUUAAUUUAGAGCUAACAGUACCAGGAAAGCAGCACUAAUGGCUAAACUGCCAUUUCCCCAAGAUAUAUUUUAUAUCAUAAUGAAAAGCCAAGAAACUAAUUGCUUUAAAAAGCUUUUUUGAAUGCUUGUUCUCGGUAUUUGAAAACUAGGCAAGCAGGCAUCAUGCAGCCGGCAUAGUUUCCUUACGAAACUACACUGAUGCACACAUUUAAGACUAUAUACGAUUUGUAUGGUCACAAUAUGCUCCCUCUUGCCCUUGCCCUUCCGGCUGAAGUCUAGUAGACUAAUUUAGCCAUAUGAGAUGGACAUGGAAAAAACCUGCUGUUUGUGGGUGAUGGUCACAUGCAUUAUAUGGAUAUUUAAAAUCACUUGUGAAUGUUAUCAAGCCAACUGCAAUCCUCUCCCCAAAAGCACACUUAGGAUUGAGGAACUUAAGAAAAAUACUGUGAAAUAAGCUACUAACCUCAUUCAAAGUGCCAUCGCUAUUCUCCCAAAGGUAGAUCCCCUUGUUCUGCACUUAAAAGGCUUACUGCAUUUGGGUCUGUUCUUUACUUUAGGAAUGCACUUGCAGAAGAAAUACCUUGGAAAGGCCAAGUCACCCUAUGUGCUUUUGAGGAAAAGGCUGCAGUUUUAUCCAAGGAGAGAAGACAGCAUCACUUCUGCAGUGAUGCUGUUUAUUUGCAUCUACAGUAGACUGUGAAGUUGUUGGUGACAAAUUAGGAUCACAGCAGACUUUUGACAUGAAUAAUGCAAUGAUUAAUCUGGAGUCAAACUGCACAAGGCCACUUACCCCAGCCUCCUAGUGGACAUAGCAUGACAGGGCAGACGUUCUCUCUCAGGUAGGAUGGUCCCAAGUCAUUUGUCAGCGUAAUCAGUCCAAAACCGACAACCUGAAUUGCCCCAGGAAAGGCAGUUGAUGGAGCGCUGCAUCACAUGCUGUUGUGGCCUAUAGCCUAAUUGUAAAGGUAGGUAGGGUGACAAAUUCUACUCUAGCUGCAGUUUCACAAAGGAUUAAGGCGUCCCUCUUCUAUGCUACGGCAUUCUGCAAUCCAAUCUCAAGGCAGUAAGGUCUACAGCAGAGAUGCAGCCAUAUGUAAAGGAGAAAAAAAAAUUUGUGUUGGGGCUGCCAUUUGCUCAUCUAAAAACAGCUUGGAAUAAAAACAGCCCCCUAUAUUGUAUGCCCUAGUAGCAGAAAAUACAAUCCGUUUCCACAGCUUCUUUCAGGCCAACAUACCAUCUGCUCUAAUUAGGAACCGUGUCCACUUCACCUUGGAAACCUGAACUUCACACAGUGCCAGGACAUGAUCAUGCCUCAAGUGCACCCUCUAUGCCACACCUUGGCUGAAACCUGCUAACAUGGGUCUAGAGGCAUGAAAAGGCAUCAAGAUCCCAACCACUGCCCUGUAACCACCUUCUCCAAAUGUAAGCAGGUGGUUCAUGAGUAGGUGUGGGUGAACACGCUGCCAGCACCUGAAGAUGGCUCUGAGCUGAGCGUCCAUCAGAUUGGCACUGUACCUACUUCAAGCCACCAGCCAUCCAUUGGGACCUCAGCAGCAAAGAUCAAGGUCCAGAAGCUGGAACUGCAGCAGGGAGACCACGUACAUUAAAUAAAAAGAAGCCUUAAAAAAAGCCGACUAGCCUUGCGCAAAAGGAGUACUUACUUUAACUGGAAUUUCUGUAAACAAAAAUUAAAUGAAACUCAGCCUGUGUGGCAGAAGACCUGUACAGGCAGAAUUUUUAAUUUUUGGGGACUAUAGUUUCUUUGGGCGAGUUUGGGAUAACAAACAAAGUCAGAAGACGGACAAAUGCAUACAGAAUUCUUUUAUUUAACUUAAAUCAUGUAGUACUGUAACUACUAGAAAAAAGCAGAGUAAGAGAAACUAAAGGAGCCUUAGCUUCAGCCAUUCAAAAUAGACAAAGUUUCUUUUUUCAUAAUGUAAAGAAUCCAGAGUAUAUCGCAAUAACAGGAAUAAAUUCUUACAACAGAAUAUACAAAAACGUUUUGAAAUUUUAUCAUCUACUGAUUCAUUUUAUAUAAACACAGGAAUUUCUUUAGGAAUAAUUUACACACAGCAAGUCUUUUUAUGUAAUAAAUUGGCCAUGUUAUUACUGUUUUAAUUUUUUUUUCUCUUUUUUAAAAAAAAAUUUUUUUUGUUUUUUCUUUUUAAACAAGAAAACUUGGAAAAUGUUGUAUUUGCAACUGCAUCAGUUCCAUUGCGCUUUCUAGUUUUUUGUCCCAGAGGUAGACAAACUCUGGCCAAUCCUUUCCUCUCAAACCUCACUGGCUUAGAAACAGAAGGUUGAUUCUUAAAAUGCAUCUAAACCAUCAUUAACCCUUUAGAAGGUGGGGUGGAAGGUGUAACAUUUAAUCCAAUUCAGAAGGAGAACGGGAUCUUCAGUAUUCUUAAAUAAAAAUAAAUAGGGACCUUCCUUGUUUGUUUCAAAAGACUUUUAAUGGUGUUAGGUAUCUAUACGCGCUGUGUAGGUUGCAUACAAAAAACCAUCGUUUAAAUGAUAAGAAAUCUGUAAACAUACUUUUUUUUAAAUUCAAUGAUAAUUAUGAAAACUGCCUUUCGUGAUGCUUUUUACGCAGUCACAUUCUUCAACCCACCUGGCAACCAUAAAGUAAGCCCUGAACAACAACCAAGACUGCUUAGCAGCAAUACCUAUUCUGUUUCCAUAACCAGUGAGGUUCUUGCAAUCCAUCAAGUUAACUGCACUGUACAGUAAAGUGAAAUGACCAGUUAAGAUGAUCCCACCCAAACCAGAGGGUUCUGGAAGACCAGGAUACUGAAGAUACAGAACACUUCCCCAACCUCUUUAUUCAUUUCCUAUACACUGGGACACAAUGCUUGAGAAAAAAAGGGAUGAACCGUGAGUUGAAAAACUUAACAAUCUUUUUUGGCAUAUUGUAAAGCUAACUAGUAAACUGGUACCAUCAAAAAACUGAUCAGACACACCCACACACAGAAAAGUGCCUUUAAAUUAUAUUUUAGGCAUUUAUAAACUACAAACAUUUUAUAAAAUUAUUCUAUGUACUUACAAAAUGCAAUGAAACAUGUAAUUAGUUCUUGUAAACCAGAUCUUUGUCAACUGACUACCCGUAAUCUACUGGACUUAAAAGCCCUAUUGAAAAUGCUAAUGGUUGCUAAUCAACGUAACACAUACAAAAAAAAGAUGCACACAUGCGCGUACACACACAAACUAGUGAUAGUCACAUGGUACUUGCAAAACAGACUGAUGGAAAGUUGAGACACUGCAACUCAUGCCAACCAAUGACAACAUCUGUAAACCUCUGCGUAACGAACUGACCACCACAGAUGGAAGCCAAGAGGUUUAUUUACAAGUACCAAAUGAUUAGGAGCUGUUAUGCCUGAGCAUUGAUGUCAUCCCACAUCCCAAGCUCCGGGAACCCGAGCCCUGUGUCUUCAUACAUAGCGCUUUCCACCCUUGUUUUUCAGCAUCUCUUGCUAUUAAUCCCUUAAAAUUCUCAAUGACCUGGUUGUGCUCUUAAAUCCACACGGAGUAAUUUAACUGUGCCUCGUCUCAGAACAACCCGUUUUCUGAGCUUAGGCACCAGCUGAAGCCUUCCAGUCUAUUGACAGUUCUGUAUCUUCGGCACCCCUGGUCACUAGUGUUUAACCUACGUACCAUCCUUCCUUUAUAACUCUGAUCUGCAGCAACUACUUGGAGUUGAGUUGUGAUAUCUGGCUUUUAUCACUGGUUAAUAAGGAGUGGAUCUCUCGCACCUUACCCUGCUGUUGCUUAGCCCAGUGAUUAAAUACAUCUAUGACAAACAAAAUAAAACAGUAACAGAAAAAAAA